AUGAAGGAAGCUCCUUAAUCGAGUCAGUGCGGCAGGAAAACCGCAGACAGCAAGGGGAGGCGGAUUGUAUUGGAAAGGCAACUAAAAAAAAUCUAGAGGCAGAACAUGUGGAAAUAACAAAGCAAACUCCGGUCCCUUACGAAAAUAUAUCGCAGAAGAUGGAAACUGUUUCUGACCGACAGUUAAGACGCACACGUUCCUCUCAAAUAUUAAAAUCUCUUCAGCAAUCCGAGGAGGGCAAUGCCAGAGAAUGGAUGAAAAUUACAAGGAGAUAGGCUACAGUUUACUGGGCUUGCUCCUUGGACUGACUCGCUAAGCUUCCUCAACAAAUGGAGUUAUAAUUUAAGAACAAAUAGCGCUAGCCUUCACGUGGGCUUGUAACCAACGUAUCGUGAUCGGCUUGAGAACCGAAUCAUAUAUUUUAAUAAGCAAAGUAAAUUUGCUGCAUUAAAUUCCAUUGGAGGGAUGUCAUCUGCAACCAUUGCUUCAUAGCCUAGUUCAAUAGGUUUUCGAGGACUGGAAUUUACUGUUCAACGCGUUAAUAUGGAUGGUGUGGCAGGCUCGAAGGAGAUCAAAAAGACUUUUAUUGUUCCCGCUAUAAAAUCUUUUGAUCAUUAUGAUUUUACGAAAGCAAAAAUCUGUUGUAGCCUGACAUGGCUGAUAGCCAAAGCCUUUGGGACAGACAGUGUCCCAGAGGAGCUGAAGGAGCCGUUCUACACAGACCAGUAUGAGCAGGAGCACGUGAAGCCGCCGGUGGUGAACCUGCUCCUGUCGGCAGAGCUGUACUGCCGCGCGGGCAGCCUCAUCCUGAAGAGCGACGCCGCCAAGCCGCUGCUGGGGCACGACGGCGUCAUCCAGGCACUGGCGCAGAAGGGCCUGUACGUCACAGACCAGGAGCGGCUCGUCACCGAGAGGGACCUCUGCAAGAGACCCAUUCAGAUGAGCGCGCACCUGGCCAUGAUUGACACCUUGAUGAUGGCGUACACGGUGGAGACGGUCAGCGUGGACCGGGUGGUCUCCUGCAUCCAGCAGUACCCCUCCUUCGACCCCGACGGCGACGUGCCCUACGACACCGAGGACGCGGUGACGAGCUGGAUGAACAAGGUAAACGAGCAUUUGAAAGACGUCGCGGUCCAGGAGCAGAAGGUGAGGGAGACGCAGUGCGCCGAGCCGCCGGAGGCCUCGCGGUCUCCAACCAAAUGGUAUUGGAAACUGGUUCCUGCUCGCUACAGGAAGGAGCAGGCUCUGCCCAGGCAGGUCCCGUGGAUCCCCCCAGUGGAUAACCUGCUGAAGGACAGCACCGACGGCAGCGCCCUGGCUGCUCUUCUGCACUUCUACUGCCCCGACAUCAUCAAGCUGGAAGAUAUAUGCCUGAAAGAGUCCAUGUCACUGGCAGACAGCUUGUACAACCUGCAGCUGAUUCAGGAGUUCUGUCAGGAGCACUUGAACCGCUGCUGCCACUUCACACUGGAAGACAUGCUCUAUGCCUCCUCCUCCCUCAAGAAUAACUACCUUGUGUUCAUGGCAGAGCUUUUCUGGUGGUUUGAAGUGGUGAAGCCUCCCUUUGUGAAUCCCCGAGUCUUAGAUGCUGAAGCUGCGGAACCAGCGCCCUCGCUGAAAAACAUGCCCACAGUGCCCAUUUCCAAUGCCACCAAACGAAGCUUUAUGGAGAAACCUCCCAGUCCAGACCGCCCCAGUCUGCCUCUCAGGCCACAACCUCAGACUUCCACUUCAGGUGCAAUGAAACGAUCAACCUCAUUGUCUUUCACGGACGGCGGUGUGGGGACCUGGCCAAAGGAGCAACGAUCAUCGGCUCACGGAGUGUCUUUUGACAUCCCUCUGGAUAAGGCUAGCACCAGCCAGGCGGCCGCGCCCCACGGCCGAGGAAUGACCAGGUCCAUCAGCACGGAUGGGCUGGGGUUUGAGGUCAACCACGCGUCCAGGAACGUGAAGAGGAACCUUUCCUUCCAGCCGGUGAACGGGCAGACGGAAAGACAGGCCAUCGCCGAGGAGGGGUGUCCGGAGGGCCUCGCCAGUGUGGACGGAGACGCGUGGCCUGGGGAGCCCCACCCCAGCACCCCGCGGGGUCUCUCAAAUGGCCCAGCCCGGGAUGAGCACGCCAGCCCCACAGCCACCCCCAGCAUGGAGGAGGCCCUGAAAAUCAUCCACAAUUCAGAGAAGCCCCACGGCAGCCUCCAGUCUGGCGGAACCGACAACGGCUUCUUCCUGCACAGCCUGGGCGGGGGGGAGCCGGGCUCCGGGGCCAGGUCGGACGACGGCGACCCGGACUCCGUGUCCGAGUCGAAAGGGGCGGGGAGCGCUGACACGACGGAGGUGGACACGGGGAUCCACGUGCGGACGGAGGACAUCCAGGAGACCCUGGACGAGGACUCGUCCCUGAGGGACUGUACGGUGAGCAUGGAGCUGGACGUGGACCAGGACUACGAGCUGAAGGCCUGCAACCCCCACGACAUGACCAGCCCCUGCCCCAGCUCCGUCAGCGGCCGCUCCCACGGCAGCAGCGCUGCCUCCCCCAGCCCCGGCGUCAAGAUGACCAGCUUCGCCGAGCAGAAGUUCCGCAAGCUCAACCACUUCGAGGGGAAGAGCAGCGGGAGCAGCUCCCAGAAGACCACGCCCGAGAGCUCGGAGCUCAGCAUCCCGCACGUGGUGUCCUGGGCCCUGACGCCCGAGGAGAGCCCCGUCCACCAGGCGCCGAAGGACCCCGCCCAAAUGAUGGCGUCGGAGAUGGUGCAGCUGCGGAUGAAGCUGGAGGAGAAGAGGCGGGCCAUCGAGGCCCAGAAGAAGAAGGUGGAGGCGGCCUUCACCCGCCACAGGCAGAAGAUGGGGCGGACGGCCUUCCUCACCGUGGUGAAGAAGAAGGGCGACGACACAUCGCCGCUCAGGGAGGAGGCGACCGGUUCCGAGGAUGACAGGGUCUCCGUCGACUCCCACGCCCUCAAGAUGGCUGACGACAGCAACCGGCGGCCGGAGAAGAGCAAGCUGGACACGCCGGAUGGCCAGGCCCAGUGGCUGAAAUCCCCCAGCGACGAGAGCUUUGGGGAGGCCGACCUCCUGGAGUACACCAAGUCCAUCGAGAAGCUGAAUGCCUCCCUCAGCUUCCUGCAGGUGGAGAUGCAGCGGCUGGCCCAGCAGCAGGAGGUCAUCAUGCAGAUGAGGGAGCAGCAGUCCUGGGUCAUCCCCGCCUCUGAACCCUCCCCGCAGAAGCAGGUGAGGGACCUCCGCAGUGCUGCGCGCUCCUCGGGGUCCCCGUCGCCCGCGGACUCCCCGCGCACCUCCCACCGCUCUCCCACCAGCAUCAAGAGGAAGUCGGCCUCCUUCCACUCCAAGACUCCCAGGACUCCCAGGCCCAGCGAGCUCAAGAUCAGCCCUUUCAAUCGGGUCCUCACCGCCCCGCAGUCCGUGGACAGCCUGCCCCGCCUGCGGAGGUUCUCCCCCUGCCAGAACCAGGCCGCCCCUUUCGCCUGUCUGGGGAGUGACACCAAGCCGUCCUCAGAGACCGAGCCCUCUGAGAAGAGUGAGGUACAGGAACCUGAACCUCAGCCCCAGUUCCAGGUCCAGCCCCAGCCUGACCCCCCUACACACGACGACUCUGCUGAAAAGAGCAUUGCCGCAGGCCUGCCAGCCUCCCCAGCCAAAGAGACACCACAGAAGAAGAGUAGCAAGGAAGUAAAUGCCAAGAAGAAGGCACAGGAGAACAAGGAGAUGGUGAAGGAGAUGAGGCCUGUAGAGUCCACUGUAUCAGAGGUGUUGUCCCAGCCCAUCACUGAGACCUUCACAGUCACGCCCACUGAGCACCCAUCUGACAUCUUCAGCCAGAGCAACAAGAACCUGAUAGAGGUGCCUCUGUCUGUGCUCAAGCCUCUGGACGGGCACAUGCAGUUGGAGAGCGAAGACGUCGAAGGGGCCAGAGACAACUAUGAUGAAGACCAGAAAAUGUGCUGUGGGUUUUUCUUCAAGGACGACAUGAAAGCUGAGGACGACAUGGCGAUGAAACGGGCGGCGCUGCUGGAGAAGAGGCUGAGGAGAGAGAGGGAGACGCAGCAGAGGAAGCAGCAGCUGGAGGCAGAGCUGGAGCAGAAGAAAGAGGAGGCGCGGUUGAAAGCGGAGGAGGAGCGUCUGAAGAAGGAGGAGGAGAAGGCGCGCCGGGAGUUCAUCAAGCAGGAGUACCUCCGCCGGAAACAGCUCAAGCUGAUGAAGGACAUGGACACCGUCAUCAAGCCCCGCCCCGCAAGCACCAAGAGGAAGCCCCGCCCCAAGUCCAUACACAGGGACAUUUUGGAGUCCCCCAAGACCCCUGUCAGGGCAGCGGAAGGUUCACGACCUCGUGUUUUUUCAGUCUCCAGCCUGUCCCUGGCUUCACUCAACUUUGGCGACAAUGAGAGCGUCCAGUCAGAGAAUAGGAGCCCCAGGCCUGACUCUGCAGACGGGUUUUUGUCUCCGUGUCGAAUGGGAAGCCGCAGCGGAGAGAAGGACUGGGAAAACUGCUCCACGACCUCAUCUGUAGCGUCCAACACAGAGUACACAGGCCCAAAGUUGUACAAGGAGCCCAGUGCCAAGUCUAACAAACACAUCAUCCAGAAUGCCCUGGCUCACUGCUGUCUGGCUGGCAAGGUGAAUGAAGCUCAGAAGAAUAAGAUACUGGAGGAAAUCGAGAAAUCGGAGGCCAACAACUUCCUGAUCCUGUUCCGAGACUCGGGCUGCCAGUUCCGCUCUCUGUACACAUACUGCCCUGAGCUCCAUGAGAUCACCAAGCUGGCGGGCAUCGGUCCCAAAACCAUCACUGGCAAGAUGAUCGAGGGCCUGUACAAGUAUAACUCAGACAGGAAGCAGUUCAGCCACAUCCCCGCCAAAACCAUGUCAGCAAGUGUUGAUGCCAUCACCAUCCACAGCCACCUGUGGCACACCAAGAAACCAGGAACCCCCAAAAAAGUGUUACCCAACAAGUCCUAGUACAGCGAGCAGUUGUUUUUUUUUCUUUUCUUUUUUUUCUUUUAGGUUGAAAAAUUCACAUAAAAUUUGCACUUCACUGUACAUAUCCAUGUGGAUUUGGCACGUCCAGUGCCAACAUACGAAUACAUUAUUUGCAGCUUUCCUCUCGGUUACUUUCGUUUUUCUCACAGUUCUAACUGGACUGGACACAGAACUUUGCUGAAAUUAUGCACAACUGGAAUGUAAAACACUAUUUAAAAGUAUUUAAUGGAGAUCACUAAUGUGUUUAGUGCAAGAGAUCGUUGAAUCUUGAGUAAUUUUAUUACAGCACGUGUGUGUGUGUAUGCGUGCGUGUGUGUGGUUUUGUAUGUGCCAAAAAGAAAAGGAUGCCACGAUGUUCUGAUCUGAUACACUGAAGCACUGAAUGUUACUCAUCUGUAUAGAUCGAAUUUGCGUAUUUGUUGACAUUUGUGGCCUUAUGCUUGUUUGAUUUUUGUACAUGAGCACCACAAGGUGUGUGUAAUGUUUUUCAUGAGUGGCUUUUUGUAUGCAGAUUUUGUUCUUUUGCUGGAUUUGAAAUAGUAUCUGUAUAAGGUGUGACUCACGAAGGGCAAAUUUGAGUGAGGAAAUUGCCUCUAAUGAGCGUAAUGAAUUGGUUUGCCAUUGCUUUGUGUAAAUACAUGAUGGUAAGCCACUAUGUAUCCAAGGUUUUUCACUGGCUGGAAAGUGCCAAAGUAGCAUCCCACUUAUUUUUAGUGAUGUAUAUUUUAAUAAGGCUUCUAAAAUCACAUUUCAUUUUUUUUCCCAAAAAGUUUCGAGAAUAAAUUAUCUUGAAAAUCUGGAAGUUUUUUCAUAGUUGCUUUUUUAGUAUUCAAACAGAAUGGAACAAGCUUGAAUUUACUAAUUUAAUUGCUCACAAAGCUUGUUCAUUUCCUCAUUAGUACCAAGAUUGUGAAUAGAGCUGAGCUUUAGAUCAUUGAACAAAUCUUGUAAAUGAAUAUGUAAUGAGUUUUCCAUUCAAAAUUCUAUAAGAAACUGUUUGUAAAUGUGGGCAGACCUGACAGAAGUUUGAAAACAUUUUCAUUUUGAGAUCUACCUUUCUUGUUUCAUAGUUAUUCCAAAAUACUAUAUGAAAGUCUUUCCAGAAUGCUGUUUCCAGUGUCUCAGUUAACUAAUUGCCCAUCGACCCGAGGUUCUUAUUAGAAUAUCACAUUAGAAUGUACUUCUGCAGGACUGUACCUAUCAAAACUGUUUUCUUUGUCACUGAAUAGAAUUUAUUUUAUUUUUUAUCAUGCAUUUCAUUUGUGAACUUGUAUAUAUUUAGGUAUAUAAUAUAUUUUAUUUGUAAAGACAUGACAUGACAUUCAUUUGUGUAACAUUGUCCUUUUUUAAUUGCAUGGUCUUGUAAUGGGGAUUUUAUUGUUAUGAAGGUUAAAUAGUAAGUCGCAUACAAGAUGGUAGCUUUGAAAGCUCCUGACGGGAAAAGGUUGCAUAGCUCCCAUAGGUAUAUGGUUUAUUAUAGAAAAAUCAUAUAACCAAAUUUUGUUUUUCACCAGCAGUAUUCACCUCCAGGUAUAUAGAUUAUGUAAUUGAAAUGGCUUGCUUUGGCUUGUCCAGUUCUGUGCAUGAACCAAAUUAUAAUUAAUUUGCAAGAUUAAAAACGAAUGUGUAAGUAAAUGUGUAUGAGCUGACAAAGAAAUGAAACUGCUUCUACACUCUGCCUACAGUAUAUAAAUUACAAUGUCAUGACAUCAGAAUUAUUAUCAAGGUAAAGUGCUGACACAGUACUACAUUUUUUAAAUGAUGUGUUCAUAUUUCAGCCAACCAGUAGUUUGGUGACCAAUCAAAUGGGACAACACAGAUUAGAAAGAUUUCACAAGUAUCUUCGUAUUCUUAUCUUUUGAAAGUGGUCAAAAGCAUGUUUCUGUAAGGGAUGGCAAACCUUAUGUUGAAAUAGCCAAAUAUUACAUAGAUUUUGCCAACUUACAGGAAAAAAUUACAUUUUUGAUUCUUUCUGUAGAAGUUCAUAAUUUCACACUACAUCUCAGUGUACUUAUGAAGAUGUGCAAUUGUCAUGGUAAAAAAACUCUUUUUUUCAGACAAAAAUUUGUGUCAUAGGCACAGUCCAGUUAGUCCCUAGCUACACACUGAAGAAACGAGCUGAACUUAUGCAUAUUGUGCAUAGUGGUAAAGGCUGUAUUUGACUAUUGAAUAUUAUGUUGAAUAUUAGUCACCAUUGUCCUUUCUGUUUUAAAGCAUGAUAUUAUUCAACCAUCUUUAGUAUUUUGGGUUACAAGAAAAACCUUAUGCAGGUGGCAGAUUUCAAUAUCUGCUUCUAACACAUACACACACUGGUGCUUUCAUAUUUGUAAAGAAUUGCAGAUUGACCAACUGUAUUGUGUUCCUGAAAAUAAACUAUAUAGGCAUUAAUUUUGGUUAUUGAAACCUUUUCGGUUUGAUUGUGUAGAAGAGGUGUUCAUGUAGGAUGACUAUUAUAGUUGUCUUAUUUGGCUGUUGAAAGCCAGGAUGAGUAGUUAUUUAAUUGCAAAUGGGUACUGUUGAACAUUGUACAGUGUGCUGUGAACUAACCUGUCCACCAUAAUGAAGCAUUGCUUCCAUUUUUUUUCAGACGCUGUGCUGUCAUAUAUUGUCAACAUAUUGCUGAAGUAUCAUGUCGUUUUUUUCUCUUUUGCAUUGAAUAAAAUGAAGCAUGGCCUCAGAA